UGUUGAGGAAGAAGCAGCUCCAAGUCCGGUUUGAAACCAGUCCCCAGAUAAGAUCAGGCUGUCAGGCGGAACUUUGUGCUAUAUGUAAAAGUAUAGACUCCCAAGGGACCAGAAACGGCAAGGCCUUUAAGGACUUCUAUAAAGGACUGAAAAGUCUUGCCAGAUGUCAACCUGUCAGUAAGUUUGUGGACCACAAGGCCUCUGUCGCUUGUCUUUUUGCCUUGCAUGAAAUUCAGACUUUUUCAAGAUGGGCAGCAUCUAUAAGAAAUCCCUGAAACUCUUUAUGGUUGCUGGACUGCUGUUGGUAUUUUAUUUUUGGAGACCUUGGAGCUGCUCAGGAGUUGACAUACAGCCAAGAAGAGCGGACCCAAUACAGACACUCCUCGAUGGGAAAACUGGCAAAAUCCUCGGAGCUUAUCCUGACAUUCCCUACCACAUAAAGGAGGAAGUGGCAAGUCGUUUAGCUCAAAACACAUGUGUUUGCUUGGCUGAUGAGGAAACCUUCCAUGUGCCUUUCUCUGAUCUACUCUUUCCACGGGUGGGGGCCAACAACCUUGCUCAUGCAUUCCUGCAAAACAACCCACAUUCUGAGAAAAUAAAGAACCAUAGAGCUCAGGAGUACAACAGCUUUCAGAGAAGAUCUUACAGUCCAGCAGAUGUUCUCAUUGUGGCUGAGGCCAACAGUCCCCUUCAGUAUCCCACACAAGGUGUCAAGGUGCAACCCCUCAGAACUAUCAUCAUUCCUGGUUUGGGUCUGAAACAGAAAAAAAGAUCAGAGUACAUGGUAUAUUUGAAUGCAACACUGGGUACUUUUGAUGUCGCUGCCACAGUGGAUAAAGUCUCCAUAAAAGGAUUGAGGGAGAAGAAGAUGACACUUUCAAGUCCUCAACUGACCGCUCUGAACCGGCAGCUGCAGUUUGUCACCUAUACGAGCACCGUGUUCCAUCCCAGGACGGCAGAUUCAAUUCAGUUUGGAACCGAAGGCUACAAGUCAUUUUUCACUAUUAAAGUUGAACAAAAGAAGAUUCCAAAACUAUACAACUCUGGAUACAGUGAUGAGUACAACAUUACUGCACUGGUUACCAUUGCCACCAAGACCUUUCUACGCUAUAACAAACUCGAAGAUCUCAUCAAGAGCAUACGGCAAUAUUAUCCAAAUGUCACUAUAGUUAUAGCGGAUGAUAAUGAACACCCUCAGCGAGUGACUGGUCCUCGUAUUGAACAUUACAUUAUGCCCUAUGGAAAGGGUUGGUUUGCAGGAAGAAACCUAGCCGUGUCUCAAGUCGCUACUAAGUACGUGCUCUGGGUGGAUGAUGACUUCAUCUUCACAUCAAACACCAAGCUGGAAAAGAUGGUGGACAUCUUAGAGAGGACAACUCUAGAUCUUGUUGGCGGUGCAGUGAGGGAGGUAACGGGUUACACAGCCACAUACCGUCAUACCCUUUCAGUGGAGGAAGGGGGAGAGGAUGGAGAUUGUUUACACAUCCGACGCGGAUAUCACCACGUCAUCGAAGGAUUUCCAAAUUGUGUGGUAGCAGAUGGCGUCAUCAACUUUUUCAUGGCGCGAACACAUAAAAUGCUGGAGGUUGGCUUUGAUCCUCGGCUUUCACGAAGCGGACAUCUAGAGUUUUUUGUUGAUGCUCUGGGUUCCCUCCACAUUGGCUCCUGUGAUGAUGUCAUUAUAAACCACGCAUCAAAGAUCCACCUGCCCUGGAGUAAAACGGGCACAGAAAAAGCAUAUGACAAGUUCAGAUACUCCAAAUCCAAUGGGGGUAUGAAGCUUGUUGAAGAAAUCUUUUAUUUCAAAAACAGAUUCAAGUGCACGACAAGUCCAAGAUAACUGGCCUUUUUAUUAUUAUGAAUGAAAACAGAAAAUGUAUAUUCUCAGGUAUGUGAGGACUACAGGAAUGUAUAUAUAUAUUUUUUUACAAUUUUCUUAUUGCCAAAACAAUUGAAUCCUUGAAUUUUGGACAUGUAAAAUAUACAUCAAACAAAUUAAAUGUAUUUUUGUUUAAUUAGUAUCACAUUGCUUUUUUAUAGCAAUUUUUAACGCACUUUUUUUACCCAUUUUUUAAAAGUGGGUAAAAUGUGUUUUAUAUUUACCAUUUGUCACACCUUCCUACACAUUACAUUUCAUCUUUAAAUUUGUUUAAUUUGCAUUAUGGUGUUGCUUAACUGACUAUAGUAGGUUUCUUUGUGAUAUUAUAUUACAGUUAACAUCAAUGCAAUUAUGUGGACAAAAGCCACCAAAGUAGUCCUAUGUUAGUUUAAAAUCACAUUUACUGAAUUGCAGGUUUAACUACGUGACACUUGAUAUAUGAAACAAUACACAGCAGAUUUCUCUUUUUUUUUAUUUAUUGUAUUCUUCAGAAUAUUUUUCUUUUUAAUUUGUAUAAAUCUUUUUUUUUUUUUUUUUGUCAUUUUGAUUCUGGGGUGUGUCCAGCGGUCUUGGACGAGUAUGUAUCAAAUAUGUGGCGUCUGGCAACAAGGGGGUUAAAUAUCGUUAAUUUGUUUGUUCCUGUUCUCUGUAAGAAUGAUGUUUGUGAGGUUCUGGUUUUCUGUCUUUAAUGGGGUUGAUAUCAGCGAUUGAAUCGUUUAGCAAAAUUAAGUGGAGUAUUGCAGUUGUAUCUUUUUUAUUUUUCAAGGUUUGUUUUGUCACACACAGUAUGUACACAUACAACUGCAGUACAACACUGCCAAAUGUAUGAAAAAGAGGGAGGAAAAAGUAAAGGGGGGGAGAGUGGGGGGGUGGGUUAUAUACGUCCUUGUCAAUACAAUAUAUAAAGAAUACAGCUAAUAUAAAUGUCUACAUAAACACUGCACUGUACAUGUAGCUGCUGUCUGUCUCCACCAGAAUCCCAUAUAGCCUAAGGGGGAUGUAAUUCAGAUCCAGAGAGAGUAGAGAAAAAUACCACCUGUGGUCUGUCAGUAAAAAGGUUUUGGACCCAGGAGCAGAGUUAAGUUGUUCAGCCCCAGAUCGCUAAACUUGGUAAGCAGUCUAUAGGGUACCGUGUCGUUAAAUGCAGAGCUUUAGUCAGUGAACUGUUUUGUGAGUUUAACUUAAUUUGAAAUAUUGAUUUUAUUCCUACCCAUUUAUAGGAAUUUGUUUGAGUGUGCCUUUGAAUUGUAUUGCUGAAAUAUUUUGUAGAUUGACCAAUAAUGCUACCAUCUGAGUGUAAGUAGGGGAAUGUUACCAUUUGUAUAUAAGCAGUGGGGUUUUGGCUUUAGGGGCUAAAAGGCUUAAAAUUAUGCAAAAAUUAGACUUUGGUGGAUUUCAUUUGAUGUCGAGGAUGCAUGGUGUGGCAGGUAUGAGUUUCUCAGAGUCAAUAAUUCCAGCUGACAUGGACCAUCAACACUUCGAAACUCAUCACCAAAGUACAACAGAGUCUUUUUCAGAAAGCUGAAGAAAACCAAGCUCUCACAGAAGCUGAUUGUCAACUUUUACAGAAACGCCGUCUAGAACGUCCUCAUUAGCUCCACCAUUGUGUGUUAUGGUUGCCACAGAGCUGCAGAGCUCAAAAGGGUCCAGUGGUCUGUGUGGUCCCACCAGGACAUAACUGGGCUGGAACUCUCACUGCUUUUUUUCCUUUUCUAGUUUAUUUUUUUGAUUUGGGCGACUGAGGAAGCCAACUUACAGCGCCAGCAGAGAUGAGAAUCAUUCAGGUCACGCACUGUUUGAACCGCUCCCUUCUGGUUCAGGCCUUAAAGAGCUGUAACUGCCAUCCAACCUCACUGACACAAUACACCUAUCUCAAAUUAAAGAUAAGACUAUUAUUCCUGCCAGACUUGUGUAGAUCUUAAUGGCAAAGUGGUGGUGAUUGAAUCAUCUUCAUUUGAGCAGAGAAAUAUCUAAAACAUGCUGGACAGUGGGUCCUGAAGACCUCUGCCUGUAAACUAACUGUACUUCUAUUUCAUAUUUUCAGCAUUAAAAAAAUGAAGGAAAUUAAAAUUAAAACUCAAGUUAAUGUUCAGGUUUUGUAAAAAUAUUUAGAAAGCCCUGACAAUUCCCACAAUAUGAAUAACGGUGUGGUGUUCUGUUUUAUGCUAUGCUAAAAGUUGCUAUUUACGUUACAUUCAGUAGAUGUUUUUAUCCAAAGUAUCUUCCCACACAGAGGAUAUGAUCAAGCCACAGUAGAAUUAGAAAAAUUAGAUUUAGAAAAGCUUUAUUUGUCACAGAGCCAGCGUCCUGGCACAGUGAAAUUACGGCCAGUACAACCCAUCAAGAGAACAGAAAAAAGACAAAACAGAUGACAACUUAUGACAUGGGUACACUUUUAGCUGAAAAAGGAUGACCCUGGGAAAGAGGCAUAUUAACACUGUGUAUAAAUACACAGUCUGAAAGUGCAAAAAACACCUCAGCACCAGAAAAGCAAAUACUGAAUGAAUGAAUGGAAAAAAAUGUAUUGGUCACCACCAAGCAUGAACACUUAGGUCACAACUAAAGGGGCAGGGCUGAAGCCUCGGCUUAUGAAUGCCCCCCCUUCUUACAUUAUAAAUAUAAAUAAAUACAACAAAUGAAUAAUAGCUAACAACAACAAAAAACAUAUGCACAUUUACAUGCAUACCUAUCUACUUACAUACGUACACAUAUAUCCAUACAUGUACAUACAUACUGUAUAUACAAGCUCAUUACAUAUCCACAUGUACACUACACAUGCAUACACUUACAUACAUGCAUGUAUCUGUACACACAUAUGUUAAAAAAAGGAUUAUUUAAAUUAUUAUAAAAAUAAUACUCGAUGUACCCAUCCUUUUGUUUCCUUUCUUUAUGCCAUCAUUCCAUUACCCGGGAACAAGUCUGUACUUAUCCAUCAUCAUGUCUUUAUAAAUUUUUUUAAAAUUCAACACAUUUUUGCUAUAUUUUAAUUCUUCCGGUAAUGCAUUCCAUAACCUCACGCCACAGACAGAAAUGCACCUACUUUUCGCAGCUCUAUUCCAGAUUGGUUGUUUCCAGUUGAAUUGGCCUUUCUGGCUUUAAACAUAAACAAAGCUGUAUUCUGAUCUACCAGGUCCAUGAAUUUGAGUGCCUUUGACUUGAUGAAUAAUAAAUUGGUGUGAUCAUAAAAACCAACAUUAUUCACCAUUCGUAUUGCUCUUUUUUUGUAUUGUGCAAACUGUCUGUAGUGUGGUCUUGCAGGCAUUACCCCAGAUUUCAACACAGUAACUCAAGUAAGGUAGAAUAAGGGUGCAGUAUAGAGUAUUCAUAGAUCUGAAGUUAAAAAAAUGUCUGACUUUGCUCAAUACUCUGAUACUUCUGGAAAUUUUUUAUCUUACCUGGCUUACCUGUGGUUUCCAACUGAAUUUAUGGUCUAUUAUUAUCCCCAAGAAAGUGUUCUCAUAUACUCUUUCUAAAUCAACUUUUUCUAUUCUUAAAACUACCUGAGUUGUUAAAUGUGUUUUACAGUUUCAAAAAGUAAUAAAUUUGGUUUUGUUUAAUUUAAGGAUAAUUUGUUGAUAUCACACCACAUUUUCAGUUUACCUAGUUCAACUGUCACCUUCCCCAUUAGUCUGUAAACAAUCAUCUGAACAGAAGACAGUUGUAUCAUCUGCAAAAAUUAUACAUUUCAAAAUGUUCGACACUUUACAGACGUCAUUUAUGUACAUAAUAAAUAAUUUUGGUCCAACUAUC